CUGAGGUUAUUCAAUGUUUGUCGCUUAAUUGUUCGGAUUGUGUACAAUUUUGUAAGAUUUGUUGGUUUCAACUAAAAAAAUCAUGGAACAAUACGUCGAAUGUGGUUCAAGCAGCGGGGCAAGCACACCGAAGAAGACUUCUACCCCAAAAAAGCGGCGAAAUCUAAGUCCGCGUAGUAACGAUUCUACCCCAAAAAAGCGCCGAAAUCUAAGUCCGCGUAGUGACGAUCCUAGCCCAAAAAAGCGUCGAAAUCUAAUCAAUUCGUUCAGUGACAGACCCCGCCAUGAUUCUGAAAUAACCACUGCACUUAAUUAUGGCAGCGAAGAAGAGUCUGACGAAGAGGAAGAAGGGAUUGCCGAGUUAGCGGUGCCCCGAAUAGCAAGAAUGUUUAUGGACGAAGACGAUGCGGAAGUCAACGAAAGAUCCGCCAACGCUACUUUGGAGCGGUCCCCUCAAUCGCCUCGACCAGCCGAUUGUGCUUCAACGCCCGCCUCACCGACGCCUGUUUCGCCGACUGCCAUGGAGCCCAGCAACAAAUUUCAAUUUGAAUGGAGAAAGUUUUCAACGCCUCAAAUUGAACCUCAUUUGAGGCGAGAACCGUUCUCGCAAAUUAGUGGCCCUACAGUUUCUUUCACGAGACCAUACGAAGCAUUUAUUGCCAUAUGGGAUCGUGAAAUUAUGGAAAUGAUUGUCAGGGAAACUAACAUUUACGCACAGCAGCUGGCAACGACCAUGUUGGAGAAUGGAACGAUCGGUCCUAGUAGUCGAAUUACUCGUUGGCAUGAUACAAAUGUAAAUGAACUUUACACGUAUUUUGCCAUCGUUCUGGCUAUGGGGGUGGUGAUCAAAAGCCGGUUAAACGAAUACUGGAAUACCUCUAACGACAUCUUCAGUACUCCUGGCUUUUCCACGAAGAUGUCACUUGACAGAUUCUACCUUCUGUCAGCAUGUCUGCAUUUUAAUAAUAAUAAAGAUUGUAACUCUGCGUUGUUGACACGACCCCAAGCUAAACUUUUUAAAAUUAAACCUAUAAUAGAUCACCUUAAUCGCAAGUUUUCUGAAUUAUAUAGUUUGUCUCAAAAUGUGGCUCUCGAUGAGAGUCUGACCAUGUGGAAGGGCUGGCUUGAAAUAAACCAGUUCAUCCCUAACAAAGCAGCCACAGUUGGAAUCAAAACCUUUGAAUUGUGUGAAUCUCAGACUGGUUAUUUGUGGCGUUUUGAAGUAUACGCAGGCCAUGACACCUCGGCAUUUCAAGAAGAUGAUCCAGUCUCGGGGAAAGUACCAGCUCUAGUGCUCAGACUUUUAAAUGGUCUUGAACAUAAAGGGCACACAAUAUGGAUGGACAAUUACUACAACUCUCCAUCACUGGCACGAGAACUGAAGAUCCGGGGAUUUGACUGCGCGGGGACGCUCCGGACAAACCGUCAAUUCGUACCACCUGAAUUGGCGAGUAUUACAAAAAACGACAUGAUUGUCGGUCAAUUGUUGGGAUGCACCUCUGGAGAUGUGGACAUUGUGGUGUGGAGGGAUAAAAACCUCGUGGCUUUUAUUUCAACAUACCAUGCUCUCCUAGCUACCAAGUGUGGCGAUACAGUUAAGCCGACAGUCGCGCAGGACUAUAAUCUUAAUAUGGGCGGAGUAGACCGUAAGGAUCAGCAACUCGCAAUGUACCCUUUAGAAAGAAAAAGGCAUAAGGUGUGGUACAAAAAAUUUUUUAGAAGACUCUUGAACGCUAGUGUCCUGAACUCGUACAUUUUACUGAAAAACCAGUCGUGGGAACACCGGAAAUUCCGAAAGGCGUUGAUAACUGAUUUGUUUACAGCACACCGAGCCCCUGCACCUAACCCAAAAUCCAUCGCAACAUCAGUACAUAGCCCGGCACAAUACAGUUCGAUUAAUCCCAAAAAGACAGACCGACUUAGGCGCCAAUGCGUCGUCUGCAAAAAACGAACUGCCACGUACUGUAAAACUUGCCAACUGGCAAUGUGUACUUACACGUGUUACGAGCCUUACCACACUGCACACUGACGCUUUUCAGACCAUUACUUAUUUAUAUAUACACACACACACAUACGCACACACACACACACACACACACACACACACGCAC